AUGGGGAAAGUGAUCAGGAUGGGGCUGCAGGAGAGGCGGUUACUCCGGCCAAAGAGGCUUCGUUGGAGUCGCUUCCUCUUCCUAUUAGGAAUGUUGAUCAUUGGUUCUACCUAUCAGCACCUGAGGAGACCUCAAGGCCUGCUCUCAGUGUGGGCAGAAGUGUCUUCCCAACAGCCCAUAAAACUGGCCAACCAGGACCUCCCCAGUGAUGAGACGAUGAUGGUGAGCAGCAAGCCUCCAAAAGUUAGCUCUGAAGUGGAGGGUGAGAUGGCAGCACCCCAAGCCGCGGUGGGCAGGGAUCAAGCACCACCCAGCAUGACGAGGGAGAGCACACCCAGUCCACGCAGAACAGCCAAGACCAUUCCAACAACAUCAAAGAACAAUCACAGCCCGACAGCAGCAGGUACAAAAAGAGCGAAGGAAAACACCUCAACCACUAGAGUAUUGAAUCGCGACACCCCAACUUCAGGCAGACCACCAGUAAAACUUUAUAUCCCAACACCCAGGGAAGAAAUGAAGAGCUACAGCGCAACUCGAGGCAGGAGAAAAGGAGAGAGCCACACCACCUUCCCAGCAGGUGGAACAGUAGACACUUACACUCUGUCCACAUUCAUGACAAUGGAAACCGGCCACAGGGUCACCCCCAACACAACAGUGCAAGGCAGUGAAACCAUGGCAACCUAUGAACUAUCAGAGGCCAAUUCUCCCAAGAGAAUAGUGGAAGAAACUACCCCCGCCACUCUCAAAGGAAUAGUUAACAACACCCCAACUUUCCCAACACACAAGGCAAAAAUAAACAUCCUGACUUCUCCAAGGAAUUUACUGGAAAAGGAUGCCCUGAGUAGCCCCAGAAGAGGGGAAAGUAACAGCUCUGCCAGACCUCGGAUGUCAGUGGGAAAGAACAAGCUGAAAACUCCCCAGGAAGCAGCCUUGGGGUACCCCUCAGCCACCUCCGAGGGGCAGGUGACAAUCAGCACUGUGACAGGGAGCAGCCCAGUGAAAACCAACGCCUCCACUGCUGCCUGGAGUGUUAGGAACCCCUGGCCCCAGUCCAGCGCAACCACCACCAGAACAGCCUCAGCCACCCACUGGGAGGUGGCAACAAAGCCUUCCACAGCACGCCGCACCUCAGUAACCCCCAAAGUCAGGGCCAUUCCGACCACCCACGUCCGGCACUGUGUGGCUGUGGCCCCAGCUCCAGCCACACCCAGCACCCCAUCCCACAGCCCAACAGUGGCCCUGCUCCCAGGGGUGCCCAGUCCCAGUCUCUCAGCACCACUGCCUGGCUGGCCAGAGCCCCACCCCAAGGCAGAGUACCCCCCGGACCUGUUCAGCGUGGAGGAGCGGCAACAGGGCUGGGUGGUCCUGCAUAUCUUUGGCAUGAUGUACGUGUUUGUGGCCUUGGCUAUCAUAUGUGACGAGUACUUUGUGCCAGCCCUAGGCGUCAUCACGGACAAGCUGCAGAUCUCAGAGGAUGUGGCAGGGGCCACGUUCAUGGCUGCUGGAGGCUCUGCCCCCGAGCUCUUCACCUCCCUCAUCGGCGUCUUCAUUUCCCACAGCAACGUGGGCAUCAGUACCAUCGUGGGCUCUGCCGUGUUCAAUAUCCUCUUUGUCAUUGGCACCUGUGCCCUCUUCUCCCGGGAGAUCCUCAACCUCACCUGGUGGCCACUGUUCCGAGAUGUCUCCUUCUACAUCCUUGACCUGUCCAUGCUCAUUGUCUUCUUCCUGGACAGCCUCAUCGCCUGGUGGGAGAGCCUGCUGCUGCUGCUGGCCUAUGCCCUGUACGUGUUCACCAUGAAGUGGAACAAGCAGAUCGAGGUCUGGGUGAAAGAGCAGCUCAGCAGGAGGCCAGUAGCCAAGAUCAUGGCCCUGGGGGACCUCAGCAAGCCAGGUGAUGGGGCCAUUGCAGCAGACGAGCACCAGGACCACAAGAAGCUGAAGCUCCCAUCCGUGCUGACUCGAGGGGGCAGCUCAGCCUCACUGCACAACAGCACUAUCGGCACCACGAUCUACCAGCUCAUGCUCCACAGCCUGGACCCCCUGGGGGAAGCCCGUCCCUCCAAGGACAAGGAGGAGAGGUUGAUUCAGGAGGCCAGACCCCAACCCCAGGCCAAAGCAGAGAGCAAAGCAGAAGACGAGGAGCCAGCUGAGCUCCCUGCGAUCACAGUCACACCAGCCCUUGCUCCAGAUGUCCAGGGAGAUCAGGAGGAGGAUCCUGGCGGCCAGGAAGAUGUGGCUGGAGCUGAGAGGAGAGGCGAAAGAACAGAUGAAGAGGGUGAAAUUUCAGAGAAAAGUGGAGGGGAUGCUCACUCAGAAGGGGAAGGUGAAAUGGGAGCAGGAAAAAAUGAACAUGAAGAUAAAACUGAGACAGAAGGAAAAAAACAUGAAGGUGAAACUGAGGCGGGAGGAAAAGAUGAACAGGAAGAUGAAGGUGAAAUCCAAGCAGAAGAUGGUGAAAUGCAAAGUGAAGCUGAAGCACAAGAAGUCAAAGCUGAAGUUCAAGAAGUCAAAAAUGAGGAGAAAGAUGCAGAUGGUGAAGGGAGGAGUGACGGAGGUGACAGUGAAGAGGAUGAUGAAGAGGAUGAGGAGGAAGAUGACGAAGAGGAGGAAGAGGAGGGAAACGAGGAGCCUCUGUCCCUGACCUGGCCUGAGACCAGGCAGAAGCGAGCCAUUUACCUCUUCCUCCUGCCCAUCGUGUUCCCACUGUGGCUGACGGUGCCCAAUGUCCGGAGGCAGGAGUCCAGGAAGUUUUUUGUUAUCACCUUCCUGGGAUCCAUCAUUUGGAUAGCCAUGUUCUCAUACCUCAUGGUGUGGUGGGCUCACCAGGUUGGUGAAACAAUAGGGAUUUCGGAAGAGAUUAUGGGCUUGACAAUCCUAGCAGCAGGUACAUCAAUUCCUGACCUCAUCACGAGUGUGAUUGUUGCCCGGAAAGGCCUGGGAGACAUGGCUGUGUCAAGCUCAGUGGGCAGUAACAUAUUUGAUAUCACCGUGGGCUUGCCCGUCCCUUGGUUGCUUUUCUCCCUUAUCAACGCAUUGCAGCCCGUUCCAGUCAGCAGCAAUGGUUUGUUCUGUGCAAUUGUUUUGCUUUUCCUCAUGCUUCUGUUUGUCAUCUCUUCAAUUGCAUGGUGCAAAUGGAGAAUGAACAAGAUCCUGGGCUUCACUAUGCUCCUUCUUUACUUUGUGUUCCUAAUAAUCAGUGUGAUGUUAGAAGACCGCAUCAUAUCCUGUCCUGUGUCUGCCUGAGUCAGAGAUUGCUGGGCACCAAGGACAUAGGUGGGAAGCCCAGGUCAGAAGUUACUGGACCUCUUGUAACAUUAAGGACGAACAUGAUCCAGGAGAGUGGAGCGAGCAGCCUGUUACAGCCUUUGGUGUGAAUGUGACUUGGGCCCCAGCCGUAUCCUUGGAAACACCUGUGGAUUAAGGAACCUGGUGCUGGGAGGGUGGCUUUCCUACCCCGACUCAGGCACGGGGCUAUCACACGGAGGCAUGAGGAGCCCUGCCGUCAGACACUGGGGGAAGGGUGGGACCACACAGCAGCAAGAAGACAAGCUCCCCGGCUCGCAGUUAGUUACCUGGUCAUUCCUGAAGUGCCCUGAUCCAAAGAUGCAGAUGGAGUCUAAAUCUCACUUUCCUGGCCCUGGCCAAGCACACACUGCAGUUUGCUAUGUCCUCUCUUUCUGUUCAAAGGUGAAGUUUUACCAGGUUUGCAAUCACUACAGGAUUGGUUAUUAGGGAGCUAUGGCUACAGGAAAAAAAAAGAUAACAAUCAGUUAUUCUCCAUUAUAGUCCAGCGAUGUAUGUACCACUAGUUUCUAGCUUAAAAGGAAGACGUUAGCUUUUACUGAUGCAUUUCUGGAAGGUGAAAUACAAACACGAAUCAGAGAAAUGAAAAUUUAUUACUUGCCCUUGAUUUGGAAGAAGUGGAGAACAGAAAACUACUCUAAGGGCUAUUUAAAAAUUUAUACUUAUUAGAAAACCCAAGUUUGUGUUGUUUCCAUCAGUGGCGACCUCAAGGAUUAGGCAUUCCAAUAAAGCUGCCCUGGCACUGCCCCUCCCACGUGUUCUCAUUGAGCAAUGAUGUGACUUUAAAGAGCCCAAAGUCAGCAGACCCAAAUCUGGUUUAUAAAGUAAGCAAUCCAGUAGGACAGUUCUAUUUUUUGUACAUCAACCUUGACAGGAUUGUAAGGCAAGACUGAUUUCUUGUGUGAUUUGUAAGUGGAUUUUAGGGCAGUUUACAAAGGGGAAAUUCUAAAAAUAACAUAAUGACUAUGAGGUGAGAACAAAGUAUCACUAAGUUAGCUACUGUAAAAGACAUGUAUCUUAAAAAUUUAUGUGUUUAGAGCUGGGUGUAGUGGUGCACACCUGUGAUCCCAG